AUGAGCCCGGAGGCGGAAAAAACAGCUACUUCCCCUGACCAAACGCAACCAGCGGCCACUCUGGGCGACAAUGUGUUGCAAGGGCUUGAGAGCGAAUAUGAGCUCCCUGAGAAGAGAAUCAAUGGCGGACUACAGGCUUGGCUAAGCGUUCUCGCGGGAUUUUGUAUUUUUGUCAACUCUUGGGGCAUUCUGACUACUUAUGGUGCAUUCCAAGAGUACUACCAAACAGUUCUCCUCCCAGACCAGACACCAUCGGCCAUCUCCUGGGUGGGGAGUAUUCAAGCAACUUUGAUUCCCAUGGUCGGUCUUGCAACAGGGCCACUAGUCGAUGUUGGCUACUUGCGCCCUCUAAUCAUAGCCGGAAGUUUCUUGACUGUAUUCGGGAUGAUGAUGACCAGUCUUGCGACUUCUUACUAUCAGAUACUGCUCGCGCAAGGAUUUUGUGUUGGAAUGGGAGGUGGCAUCUCAUAUAUCCCCGCGCUCGUCGUGAUUUCCACUAGAUUUACCACGAAGCGCCCAAUCGCAAUCGGCUGUGCGUCGAUAGGAUCAAGUGUCGGGGCUGUUAUAUUCCCAGUGAUGUUUCGCCAACUGCAGCCAAAGGUAGGAUUUGGAUGGGCUGUCCGCUCUAUCGGCUUCAUCAGCUUGUUCCUUGCUAUUGUGGCAUGUACAAUAUUGUGUCGACAACCAGGAGAAAAGGCCCGGGCCAGAAGUCUCAUUGAUUGGAAGGCCUUCCGUGAGCCUUCAUUUAUGAUGUUCUCUCUUUCUUUGACGUGUGUUAUGCUCGCCUAUUACGUCCCGAUUUUCUACGUUGCUUCAUACGCCCGCACCGUUGUGCAUACGACUACCAGUCUCGGAUUCUACAUGGUUGCAAUUGUGAAUGGGUCAUCUGUAAUCGGGCGCAUCGUUCCAUACCUACUCGUCGCUUACAUCAAGCCAAUUGGAAUUCUAAUAUUUGCCGUGGCCGCCUCGGCAAUCGCGAUGUUUACUUGGAUCGCCGCCACUAACAGUGCUGGGUUCAUUGUUUGGGCAUGCUACUGGGGAGCUCUCAGCGGAGUUCUGGUCACUGCGCCUACUUCCAUUGUGGCACAUCCAGUGUUCUGUCCUGAUUCCACCUUUUUGGGAACUCGCCUGGGCAUGAUGUGGGGUAUCUCUUCAUUUGGCGCAUUGGCUGGAACUCCAAUUGCAGGCGCCUUGGUAAAUCUCCAAACAGCAGAGUUCUUGCGAGCGCAAAUAUUCGCAGGGUGCAUGAUGGUUGGGGCUGUUUUGUUACAGGUUUGGCCAACUGUUAAAGUUGUGCGGUAUGAUCGAGAACAUCCUCGCAAAAAGUAA